AUGUUGAAGUACACCAGGGUGAAGCUGGAGCUCUUAAACGACUACGACAUGCUACUGAUGGUGGAACAGGGCAUUCGUGGUGGGCUGGUGCAGGCCGUCAAGCACUAUGCAAAGGCCAACAAUCCUAAGACACCUGGCUACGAUCCUACAAAACCAGACUCAUGGAUCGUGUAUCAAGAUUGCAAUAACCUUUACGGGUGGGCUAUGAGUCAGCCCAUGCCAUACGGUGGCUUCCGGUGGUAUGAAGAAUCAGAUCCUCUGGCCGACCUCCAAUUGCUUUCGGACACUGGUCAUACGGGGCGUAUAUAUGAAGUAGAUGUAUCGUAUCCAGAAGAGUUGCAUGACGAGCACAAUGACUUGCCGUUAUUGCCUGGCAACGAUGUACCACCGGGUUCCAAAGAGACCAAACUCAUGGCCACUUUGAAACCCAAACAACGGUACGUCGUGCACUAUGUCAACUUGAAACAGGCGAUCGCACACGGACUGUGCACCGCGUUUUAGAGUUUCAACAAAGUGCUUGGUUGAAACCGUACAUUGAGUUGAACACUGAAAUGCGGAAACAGGCGGCAAAUGCUUUUGAAAUAUCGUUUUUCAAAUUAAUGAAUAAUGCCGUCCUUGGGAAAACCAUGGAGAACAUGCGGAAACGCAUCCGCAUUGAACUAAUCUCCAGUCCCGAACGUCUAAGCAAGCUCGUAAACCAACCAACCUUCAACGACUGUAUCAAAUACGGCGAAAGGUUGUGCACCGUCAUAAUGGACACAAAGAUUGUCAAGUUUCUCAAACCAAUAUACGUCGGUUUAGCAGUGCUUGACAUUAGCAUGUCACUAAUGUACAAGUACUUCUACGACGUAUUAAAACCUCAUUAUGGCGACGCAAUUAGCCUGGUUUACAUGGAUACUGACUCCUUCAUUUACCUGCUCAGAGUCAGCGACUUCUACCAGGAUUUAGCCGACAGCCCCGAUUUACUGGUGUACAUGGACAC